AUGGAGACCUUCACACUGACCCUGGCCGGCCUCGAUGGCCAGGAAAUUCGCGUGAGCGUUUCGGACGCCGCCCUGGGCAGGGACUUGCUGCGGCGCGCGAGGGCCGAGCUGCCCCCGAAGCCAGGCGGCACUUUGUGCCUGACCUUCGGCGGCGCCCGGCUUGUGCCGGAGCAAACUUUGCAAGAGCAGGGCAUCCAGACAGAGUCGCGCGGCACGUUCACUUACACUCCGACUUGCCUGCUGAAGGCAUGGAAUGUGCUGAACGCACAUUGUGAGGAGGAUGUUGAGCAGGCAUUGGAAGGCAUCACAAAGCUGAUUUACACCGACACAGAACACACUGCCCAGUUGCAUAGGACUUUGCCAGGCAGCCUGAGAAGCCUGACUUUCAGCCAGCAAUUCAACGAGAGCUUGGAGGGCGCGAGUUUGCCAGGCAGCCUACAGAGCCUGACUUUCGGCGCUUGGUUCGGCCAAAGCUUGCAGGGGGUGACUUUGCCAGACUGCCUGCAGAGCCUGACUUUCGGUCAGCGUUUCAACCAAAGCUUACAGGGCGUGACUUUUCCAGGCAGCCUGCGAAGCCUGACUUUUGGGCAGGACUUUGACCAAAGCUUGCAGGGCGUAAGUUUGCCAAGCAGCCUGGAGAACUUGACGUUCGGCGCUUGGUUCAACCAAAGCCUGCAGGAAGUGACCCUGCCAGGCGGCUUGCGGAGCCUGACAGUUGGCGAUCAAUUCACCCAAAACUUAGAGGGAGUGAAAUUCCCAGAAAGCCUGAACAGCCUGACUUUCGGCCAGCAAUUCAACGAAAGCUUGCAGGGCGUGACUUUGCCACUCAACCUGCUGAGCUUAACUUUUGGCGCAGAGUACAACAAAAGCUUUGUGGGAGUGGCGCUCCCAGAGAACCUGCAGAGCCUGACUCUCGACCACGACUUCGACCAGAGCUUGGAGGGAGUGACUCUACCGAACAGCUUGCUCAGCCUUGCUUUCGGCGAGGAGUUCAACCAAAGCCUACAAGGCGUGACCUUGCCGGCCAGCCUGCAGAGCCUCACCCUUGGCGAUGAGUACAACCGCGGCUUGCAAGGGGUGACUUUUCCAGAGUGCCUGCAAAGCCUGACUUUCGGCCGGCGUUUCAACAACAGCUUGCAGGGGGUGAUUUUUCCAGGCAGGCUGCAAAGCCUCACUUUCGGCGAUGGGUUUAACCAAAUCUUGCAGGGAGUAGAUUUGCCAGGUGGCUUGCAGAGCCUGGCUUUCGGCCGCGACUACAACCAAAGCUUACAGGGUGUGACUUGGCCAGAUGGCUUGCAAAGCCUCACUCUUGGCGAUGGGUGCAACCGAAGUGCGCGGGGAGUGCCUUUGCCGGAUUGCUACAACAGCUUACACGGCACAACCUUGCCAGGCAGCUUACAGAGCCUGACUUUCGGCCCAAGCUUUGACCAAUCCUUGGAGGGCGUGCCUCUUCCAGACUGCCUGCAGAGCCUUACUUUCGGCCGAAGGUACAACCAAAGCUUGCAGGGGGUUGCUUUGCCAGACAGCCUGCAGAGCUUGAUUUUCUGUGAAGAGUCCACCCAAAUCUCAGAGAGUUUGACUUUGCCAGGCAGGCUGCAGUUGACUCUGGGCAUGCAGACCUGCACUUUGCAGGGAGUCACUUUGCCACAGAGCCUGCUAACCCUGACUUUCGCUGAAAGGUUCAACGGAAGAUUGCAGGACGUAAAUUUGCCAAGCAGCCUGGAGAACUUGACGUUCGGCGCUUGGUUCAACCAAAGCCUGCAGGGAGUGACUUUGCCAGUCAGCUUACAGAGCCUGACUUUUGGCCGGAGGUACAAUCAAACCUUGCAGGGGGUCACUUUGCCAGGCAGCCUCCAGAAACUAACUUUUGGCCAUGACUUCAAUCAAGGCUUGCAGGGGGUGAUUUUGCCCGACAGCCUACAGAGCCUGACUUUUGGCGGAAGGUACAACCGAAGCUUUGAGGGAGUGACAUUGCCGGAGAACUUGGAGAGUUUGACCUUCGGCGAAGAGUUCGACCAAAGCUUGCAGGGCAUCGAUUUCGCAGGCCACCUCUGUAGAUUGGAGGGUGGAGGGAUCGCCUUACGCUGCGAUUGA